UUACCCUGAUACAAGUACUUAAUAGAAUUCAAUGCUUUAUAAAAUUCAACUUUCUCUCUCCAAGCUCCUCUGUUUCUCUCUCUUUUUUCCAAGAAUCUAGUGCCAGUAAUGAGGUCGUGAUUGCAUCUCCAUUAUCUCGGCUGCCGGAAACCGCCGCUUCUCCCGCCUCCGGCGUGAAUUCCGGUUCAUUCCCGGUUAGCACAAUUCCUCUGUUUCCAUCCUGGAGAGGAGAUUUCUGGGUUGCGGUUCAAAUGGAGAAAAUGUUGUUUCUGAGGAUUCUUUGGGUGGUCAUGGUUUUGAUAAUUGGAGUAGUUUUGGGGGGUGAUGGACAGUCAGUGGAGGGGAGGCCUCAUAGAAUUCUUCUGGAUACGGAUGUGGAUACUGAUGAUUUCUUCGCUAUCUUGUACCUCUUGAAGCUUAACAGAUCAGAGUUUGAUUUGCAGGCGAUCACUAUCAACACAAAUGCAUGGACUAAUGCGGGGCAUGCUGUGAAUCAAGUCUAUGACUUGCUUUAUAUGAUGGGUCGUGAUGAUAUCCCUGUUGGAGUGGGAGGUGAGGGUGGAAUUCGUGAAGAUGGUACCAUACUUCCCAAUGUUGGUGGAUAUCUUCCUAUAAUCGAACAGGGACUUACAACAACAGGAGGUUGUAGAUAUAGACAAGCUAUUCCUAAAGGUCGUUAUGGAGGGAUACUAGAUAUUGAUUCAAAUUAUGGAAUCCGAAAGGCUUUCCUUCCACAGGGGAGCAGGAAAUAUCAUCCUCUUCAACAGCCUACUGCUCAGCAAGUGAUGAUUGACACUAUAUCUUCAGGCCCCAUUAAUGUAUUUGUUAUAGGAGGACAUACAAAUUUUGCCAUUUUUCUUAUGAAUAAUCCACAUCUAAAGAAAAAUAUCAAGCACAUUUAUGUCAUGGGUGGCGGCGUAAGGUCAAAGAAUCCAACUGGUUGUUGCCCAAAAAAUGCCAGUUCAACGUGCAAGCCUCGACAGUGUGGUGACCCUGGUAAUUUGUUCACGGGCUACACUAGUAAUCCAUAUGCAGAAUUCAAUAUUUUUGGAGACCCGUUUGCUGCAUACCUGGUACUGCAUUCUGGAAUUCCACUCACCCUUGUUCCCCUGGAUGCAACAAACACCAUCCCCAUAGACGAGGAAUUUUUUGAUGCAUUUGAUCAGAACCAGAAAACAUAUGAGGCACAAUAUUGCUUCAAAUCCUUGAAAAUGACUCGAGAUACUUGGUUUGAUGACCAAUACUACACGAGCUAUUUCAUGUGGGACUCCUUUACAUCAGGUAUAGCAACCUCAAUCAUGCGUCACUCACAGAAGAACCAUCAUGGGGAAAAUGAGUUUGCUGAAAUGGAGUAUAUGAACAUUACUGUUGUUACUUCAAACAAACCUUAUGGAAUAUCUGAUGGCUCAAAUCCUUUCUUUGAUGGCCUCAAAAUUCCCAAGUUCAAUCUAAAGAAAGGCGGAGUGCAUAGUGGACAUGUCCAGAAGAGUCUUCAAGACCCAUUUUGCCUUACAGAAAAUGGGAAAGGGAGAUGUAAGGAUGGUUAUACAAUGGAGGUAACCGGUCCAGAAGGGGUGCGUGUUCUUGUUGCUACAAAAGCAAAACCUAACCAGGAUGCUAAAAGUCCACUUGAAAGAGAAUUUUAUAAGAGCUUUUUGGAUGUUCUAAACAGCCCUGAGCAAAGUGGGAGGUUUAAUUUUACAAACCAAUUUCCUUAUUUCAAAGAAGUUUUCUAUAAACCAGAUUUUGGAAAAAAGAAACUGGGGAAAAAUGUCAUCUUUGAUAUGGAUAUGAGUGCGGGAGAUUUUCUAGCUUUGUUCUUUCUACUAAAAGUGCCAGUUGAAGUGAUCAACCUCAAGGCAAUUUUAGUAAGUCCAACUGGCUGGGCAAAUGCUGCAACCAUAGAUAUAAUCUAUGAUUUACUGCAUAUGAUGGGGCGUGAUGACAUUCCUGUUGGUCUAGGAGACGUAUAUGCAAUGAACCAGUCUGAUCCAAUCUUCUCUUCUGUUGGAGACUGCAAGUAUGUCAAGGCCAUCCCACAUGGCAGUGGCGGAUUUCUAGACUCUGAUACUCUCUAUGGGUUUGCUCGUCAUUUGCCCAGAAGCCCAAGAAGGUACACUGCAGAGAACUCUGUAAAAUUUGGAGCUCCUCGAGAUACUGAUCACCCUGAACUCAGACAACCACUAGCAUUGGACGUAUGGGAUUCUGUAUUGAAAACACUAGAUUCAGGAUCCAAGAUUACCAUAUUGACAAAUGGACCCCUGACUACGUUAGCGAAUAUUAUUCUCUCGAGGAAAAACACUACCUCUCUUAUUCAGGAUGUGUAUGUAGUUGGAGGGCACAUCAGCCAUGGUGGCACAAUGAAAGGAAAUGUCUUCUCUGUUCCUUUAAAUGAACAUGCAGAACUGAACUUGUAUCUUGACCCUUUUGCUGCAAAGACUGUGUUCGAAUCUGAUCUUGACAUAAAGCUCAUCCCACUUAGAGCCCAGCGUAGAGUGAGUUCGUUUCCUAAGAUUAUAGAAAGGUUGUGCCAGACCAAGAAGACACCUGAAGCUCUGUUUGCUCGUCGUUUGCUGUCAACGCUGCACCAUUUGCAAGAAAAGCAUCAUAGAUAUCGACAUAUGCAUACAUUCUUGGGGGAAAUUCUUGGUGCAGUAGUCUUGGCUGAUGACCAUUCUUUCCUGAAUGCUACCUUUAAGUCAAAGCCCAUCAAACUCUAUGCAACUGGAGAUGAAUCCAUGGAUGGGCAACUUGCUAUAGAUGAAAAACAAGGUAAAUUAGUCAAACUAUUGAGAAGGGUGAACCCGAAGGCGUAUUAUGAUCUCCUUGCAAAUCGACUUGGUGAUAAAAAGCAGUCUGCUGUGAUAGCAAGCUUUGAAGAACAGAAAAGAAUUUGGACUACACCUCCAAAUCGAACUGAAACCAGUAGUUGAAGGCCUUGGGGAAAUGGGCAAAAGUUUCUGUGACAAUAGAAAUUGAUUCUUUUUCUUGUUGACAGACCACAUAUUUCAUUUGUAUUGCUUAUUUGAUUCAAAGCAGAAACUUUCUGUAGAUGAACAUUCAAAUAAAAACAGUCAUUCUGCUCUC